GAAAAAGACUCACAACGUUAUAAAUAACGUUGUUUCUGUUAGGUAGAUUUUGGGGCAAUCGGUUUAUCUAAAUUCAACAACAUGGCGAAUACUAGCAGUGAUGAGGCAAAUCAAAUGAUGCCAAUUUUGGAAGAGGAAAGUGUAACAGAUGUGCAACAUGAUGUAGAAGAAGAGAAAAUCAACACAAAUCAAGAAAAUGAAGGGCAUAAGGAUGAACAAGAUACCGUAGAUGAAAACAAGCCUAACGGUACCGUAGAUGAAGAGGCUACAAUAGAAGAAAGGGAAGUUGAGGAAAAAGAAGACCAGGAUCCAGAUACGGACUUAGAAAUUGAAGAAGAAAAGAAAAAAGAAGACCAGGAUCCAGAUACGGACCUAGAAAUUGAAGAAGAAAAGUCAGAGUUUGAUUCCAAUAUGCGAGGAGUUUAUUUGUGUGCAUGCAAACAUCUGGGUGUUGUACCGUGUUCUUUUUUCUUAAGGCAUUUGAAUGAUAAAGAAUUGAAAUUGAGGCAUCAUGGUCUAGGUAAACUUGGUGCAAAAGCAAUAGCCUUGCCUAUGCAGAGCAAUACAUCAACCCUCAUCCUAGAUCUUCAUGAUAAUUGGUUGGAGGCUGAAGGUGGUGUAGCAAUUGCUUCGAUGUUAUUGGAGAAUUGUUACAUUUCCGAUGUUGACUUGUCCGAUAAUCGUCUGGGAAGCAGAGGUAUAGGAUCUGUCUGCAACAUGCUAAUGCAAAACACUGUUAUUCAAAAUAUAAACUUGUCCGGAAAUGACAUUUCAGAUCAUGAUGCUAAAAGUAUGGCGGACGCUAUAAACGAAAAUAACCGUAUCAGACAUUUAAACCUGAGUCACAACGAAUUUUCUGAAAAAGCCGGAAGUAUCAUCGGACCAGCCGUUUCCGAAAACGAGACAAUUGACAAUUUGAAUUUAAGUUGGAAUCAUUUUAGACGCACCAGUGCAGUAAAGCUAUGUGAGGGAAUUUCGGAAAACAUGGGCCUUCGGAAAGUUAAUUUAUCAAUGAAUGGCUUUGAUGAUGAUGUUGCGUUUGCUAUUGCUGACAUUAUUAAGAAGCACCAUGCUCUUUUAAUUUUGGACGUUAGUUAUAACAGAAUAGCAAAUGCUGGGGCAAUGGUGAUCGGAAAGGCUUUAGAGGUUAAUGAUGUGUUACAAACAUUUAAAAUAGGUCAUAACAAAUUUGGUGUUGAGGGAGCAAAGGCUAUAUUACAAGGAAUUAGCUCUGCUAAUUCGAUCGUUGGAGAACUUGACAUAAGUGGUGUUGAAGUUGACAAAGAAUUCUUGAUAAUGAUGAAAGAACUGGAUAAAAUACGACCCGUCAAAGUUAUACAUGGGCCAAUUUUGUCAAAGUUUAUUAUAAAAAAGAGGAUGAGAUCAGAGGACGACGCUCUGUAUUUUGAUGUUCCGAAGGAAACUGUCAACCCUUCAAACAUUUUAGAUCUGGUAUGUAAUUACUGUAUGAAAAAUACAAUAGAUGUUCACGAGUUCCUAGAAGGAAAGUGUGACGAGAAAAAGAAAGUAGAAAUUCCUGUGUUUUUAUCCUGCUUGAAAUCAGCUGGACUUUUACUAACCGAAGAUCAGAAUAAACUUCUCAAUAUAUUGCUUGAAGAAUGUGUUGACGAAAACUUGAUUGAUGUGAGCAUUUUCUUGGAGUAAGAAUUAAAUUCACGUAUUGAAAAUAUGAGGACUUUGUUAUUUUGUAUACUCUACAUUUUUUUGCAUACUUACAUCCCGCUUUAAUCAACGGGAAACGAUCUGAAACCCUUCCUUCCUUUCAAGCAAAUUUUGUCAGAAUACAUUUAGGAGUUUUGUUAGUUCUUUGGAAUUG